AUGCAAGCUUCUUUGGUCAAGUACAACACGCCAAUACUGAUCAGCACCACUGGUGCUUCAAAAGGCAAAAAGGACAAGGAAAAGAAGAAAGAUGCCCAGCCUGCUAUGUCCCAGACGGAGGAUAUCUUGAACUCGAUCUUGCCACCUCGUGAGUGGACGCAAGAGGAUCAGCUCUGGGUACAGUACGUUUCCUCUACACCGGCGACCCGAGCGGAUGUCGUCAACUUGCAAGAGGAUUUGGACAAGUGGCUUCAGCAGAGACAGGCACGUGAGACAGGCAUCUGUCCAAUCCGUGAGGAGCUCUACUCCCAGUGCUUUGACGAACUGAUCCGCCAGGUCACAAUCAUUUGUGCAGAGCGCGGUCUGCUCCUGCUCCGAGUACGCGAUGAAAUCAGGAUGACGAUAUGUGCGUAUCAAAGCCUUUAUGAGUCCUCCAUCGCCUUUGGCAUGCGGAAGGCUUUGCAGGCGGAGCAGCGCAGAAAUCAGCACAACAAGAAAAUGAAGGACCUCCAGGUUGCAAACAAGAAGCUCCGGGAUGAGGUAGAGGAGCUGGAGAACAAGAUCACCCAGAUAGAGAAGCAUGAAGCAGAGCGACGAGAACAAGAAGAGCGCAAACACAAAGAGGAGGUUGAAAGCUUGAAGAAGCUCAAUGCACAGCGAAAGGAGCAGCUAGAGGCAAUGCUUCAAGCUCCCAAGAAGUGA